AUGCAACAGAUGCAGCAAACAAUUGCAGCGCAGCAACUGGCUGCACAGCAGGAACCACCUGUUCUAAUCGGUGAGAGGAACUUACCGCGUAACAUCCCUGCUACGCGCUCUGCUAUCGCUCCACCGCCAUGUCAAAGGGCGAAUUUUGAGAUCAAACCCAGCAUGAUCAAUCUAGUCCAAAGAAAGAUGUUCCAUGGACUGUCAGCUGAGAUACAAUUGGAACACAUCGAAGCUUUCGAAGAGAUUUCCAGUUUCACACGUGCAAACGGCAUCCCACCCGACUUCAUCAAAUGCAUGUUGUUUCCAUUCUCUCUUGCGGACAAGGCUUCACGAUGGCUUAAGUCAUUACCUACAGGUUCCCUAACUACUUGGGAACAAGUUAGAGCAGCUUUCUUGGGUCACUUCUACACGAAAGCCAAAACGGCUGCCCUAAGGAACAAGAUCUCUUCUUUCAAGCAGCUCGCUAACGAACCGUUUAAUGAAGCAUGGGAACGGUUCAAUGAUACCCUCAGAGAGUGUCCUCAUCACGGGUUUGACGAUGACCAUGUCCUAGGAAUCUUCUACGAUGGUGUGGAUUGGGAGUUCCGCAAUGCUCUAAAUGCAGCGAGCAAUGGAGACUUCAUGACCCAAACCACUGAAGGAGCUCACGCGCUAAUAGAGAACAUGGCAUCUAGUUCAUCCAACAAAAAUGAGCAGGCUGACCACUCUAAGAAGGUGAACAGCAUGGACACUAGGAAGAUUGAUGACCUCGCCGCCAAGGUUGACCAGCUGCUCAAGAACAAUCAAAAUCAGAUCUAUGUCAUGGAAGAAGCCACCAAGGAACCAUGUACUACUGAUGCUACAGCAGAGACCGGGACAUCGGAAGAAAAUCAGCAAGAGGUCAGUUACGUUAAUGGUCAGGACAAUCCCAACGACAGAUCUCAGGGAAAUCAGUCCCAGAACCCUGGAUAUCAGAAGCCAUACCCUCAGAAUCAGAAUGGAAAGAUGUUCAUCCUCAGCCAAGCUCAUAACCAGUAUCAGAACAGGCAGAACAAUCCGCAUGCUGCUCCUACAACCGCGAGCGGUCCGCCAAAAGAACUGAAGGGAAUGAUGCAACAACUUUUGCAGGGUCAGCAGAUUCAAGGAAAAGCACUGAACCAGGUUACCAACGAGAUCAACACUCGGAUGGAUAACAUGUUCCCAGAAUUAAAUUCCAAAUAUGAUGCUGCAGCAAGCCACAUAAGGAAGAUGGAUGUUCAGAUCGCUCAAACUGCUGAAACAAUCAAAAGGCAACAGGGAACACUCCUUGGGAAAACAAACAAGAACCCCAAGGACUGUAACGCAGUCGAGUUGAGAAGUGGGAGACAUCUCCCAGAUCCUGUCUCCAAGAAGCUCACUUCUAAAGAGAAGGGAAAACAGAAAGAUGGAGAACAACCUCCACUUGAGGACGUUCUCGACGACGAACAAGACGCGGAACAGCCAACUGUCACAGAACCCGUAGCUCGUACGACGCAAGAUCAGCCUGUUCCUACUCACGUUUACACUCCAAAAUUUCCCUACCCAGUCCCUACUAAGAAAUCACGCAAGGAUUGCGAAGAGUUGAAAUGCAAGAAGAUGCUAGAGGAGUUGACUGUUAAGUUAUCUCUCAUGGACGCAAUUCAGAUGAUUCCUUCAAUGCGCAGUCUUGUGAAGGGGCUGAUCUCUGGGAAGAUCUCUGCAGACAGCAAUAUCAUGAUGGUCUCAAAAAAAAUGCAGCACAGUUCCAGUGUGAAUCUCAUGCCCUACUUAGUUGCAAAACGUUUGGGACUAACCAAUUUUAAGCCAACCAGGAUUUCAUUGGUGUUCGCAGACAGAUCAGUCAAGUUGCCAGUAGGUAUUCUCGAAGACCUGCAAGUUCAAAUUGGCAACACCACUGUUCCAGCGGAUUUCGUGGUUCUGGAGCUCGAAGAUGAACCAAAAGACCCUCUCAUUCUAGGCCGACCUUUCUUAUGCACAGCUGGUGCAAUAGUUGAUGUGCACAAUGGGAGAAUCGAUCUCCAACUAGGAGAUAUUGUGAUGAAGUUUGAGAUGGACGAGCUGCUCAAACGACCUAUGCUAGAUGGUCAGAACUUCACGGUUGACGAUGAGAACACCGCCUUGACCCCUCAAGAAGGGAUGAUUGAAGAAAUCCUAGCAGAUGAUCCUUUAGAAGUAGCUCUGAUCCGAGCCGAGUCUGAGCAGAACACGUGCAACGUUUAUGCUGAUGAGUACGAGAAGAUGCUAGAUUCGAGUAAAAGCAUAGAAAAGAUGGCCGCUUUCCUAAGUCUGGGGGAGAAGAGCAACCAGGUUCUACCAGAGGGAGCAACUGCUCCUAAACAAGGGAAGAAACUGGCCAGCCUGCUCGAUGAUUCAUGA